UGCGCUCACGCCCAGCCGCCCCGUUACCAGGCAACCGGCUGCCUAGCGGCUGAGCCGGAUGUGUGGAGGAGGCAGUUGGGAGAGAUCUUGAGCAGCAGACAUGAGCCCCGAAAGGCAUCCUGAGGCAGAGGACGAGGUUGACUGUGUUCUCCAGUCGGCAGCGAAGAUCCUCAGUUCCUCGGAGGGAAUAUGGGAAGGAGGUGGCAGUGAACCAGUAUAUGGCUGCAUAUCAGAAUCACAAAAUCAAAUCCAACCGCAAUCAGCACUGAAAGUCCUUCAGCAUCAGUUGGAAUCAUUUCAGGCUCUGCGAAUGCAGACUUUGCAGAAUGUCAGUAUGGUACAAUCUGAAAUCAGUGAAAUACUGAACAAAAGUAUCAUUGAAGUAGAAAACCCACAGUUUGUCUUGGAAAAAAAUCUAGCAUUCAGCUCACACCCUGAGAAGGAUUUGGCAGAAUGGACUGACAGAGGUGAAAGGAAGAAAAUCCCUAGCCUGAAGAGCUUGCAAGACCCUACAGGGAAGCAAGAAGACACUUCUGUGGAAAAAGUUCAUCACUUUGAGGAUUUCAGAACUCACAAUUCAAUGGAAGAAAAAUUCAGUGGCAACAGUGUUCACAGUCUCUCUCCAAGUGUAAACAGCCCAUCUCAGCUGCAUCCCGAGGCCACGCAAACUCUGAGAAGCUCAAAGGAUAAUUCAGCCUCCAGCAUAAUUGUGAAUCCUUCUGAACAUUCUGACACGUUGAAGAAUUACAACAACCUUCAAAAUGUUUUACCUGCUGUGGCUCAAAAUGUGAAAUAUUACGCUGACCCGGGAAUUCUGAGUAAAUCCACAACUCAUGCUGACCCGGGAAGUCUAAGCAAAUCCACAAUUACUGUGCCUUUUCUCAACAAUAGAUUUUGUGAAAAUCUAGAUGAUAUCUGCAGCUCUAUCAAACAAAUGAAGGAAGAGCUUCAAAAGUCACACAACAGGGAACUUGCUCUUACAAAUGAACUUCAAAUAUUAAAAACUGAUACAAAUGUGCAAAGUAGUGGUAACUAUAACCUGUCUCCCAUACAUAAAGAAAGAAUUAACUUUAUUAAGGAAGAACACAUAGGAAGUCAUUUAAAUGAUGACAUAAAAUCAAAGAGAAUUUUAGAAUUAGAGGCAGUAGUCAGCAAAUUACUACCAUUCAGGGAAACAGUAUCAAAACUCCACUUGAACUUCUGUAGGAAAUGUAAAAAAUUAUCUAAAAGUGAUAUCCACAGGGGGAAGAAGAGUGAGAAAAACAAAAAAGAAAUUCCCAUCAAUGGCAAGAACAUUACAGAUUUAAAAUAUCAUUCCAGGGUUCCGAGGUAUACCCUGUCAUUCCUCGACCAAAUGAAACAUGAAGUGGAAGACAAGGAAGUGCAACCAUUUGCAGUACAACAGGGACCAAUAAUAGUUGAAAAUGAGAAAACAUCCAAAAUUAAUUCUGUUACACAGCAAUGUGUUGCAAAAAUCCAAUACUUACAGAAUUACUUAAAGGAAUCUAUGCAGAUACAGAAAAAAGUAACAGAACUGGAGAAAGAAAAUCUAACCCUGAAGACCAAAAUUAAACCUCUGGUUUUUACCACCCAAUCUCUGAUACAAAAAGUUGAAACAUAUGAAAAGCAAAUAAAGAAUUUAGUUGAGGAAAACGGUGUUUUUCAGUCCAAGUUAGUUAAAACAGAAGAGGACAACCAAGAAUGUCUUAAAGAAUUAAAAAAAGUAAUUAGUAGAUAUAACAUUCUUCAAGACCAAAACCAAACUCUGGAGGAGAAAAACAGUCAACUUUCUAUAGAGAAGCAACAAAUGGUAGAAGCACUGGAUCAACUCAAAAGCAGGGAUCAUAAAACUCAAAAUGAUAUGGCCAUUGUCAGUAACGAAAAUAAUCGAAUGAGCAUAGAGUUGGAAGCAAUGAAAACAAACAUUCUAUUGAAACAAGAUGAAAAAGAGAUGUUAGAGAAAAAAACAUUGCAGCUUCUUAAGGAAAAAAGCUCUCUUGAAAAUGAACUGAAAGAAAACAAACUAGAGGUCAUACAGCUACAAGAGAAAGAAAGACUGGCAAAAACAGAGAAAGAGACGCUUCUACAAAUUCUAGAAACAAUUAAAAAUGAAAAACUGGAUCUUGAAACCACAUUAAAAGAAUCUACUACUGCUAGAAAAAUGAUGGAAAGAGAACUUGAGAAUAUGCAGACUUACCAAUCCACUGCAAAAGAGAAUUUUCUGCAAGAAAUCAAAACCGCAAAAUCAGAAGCAAGCAUAUAUAAGAAUAGUUUGUCAGAAGUUGGCAAGGAAUGCGAAAUGUUAUCAAAAAUGGUCAUGGAAAUAAAGGCAGAUAAUCAGAUUCUAAAAGAAGAACUAAAGAAACACAGUCAAGAAAAUCUAAAAUUUGAAAACAGUAUUAGUAGGCUUACCGAAGACAAAAUACUUUUGGAAAACUAUGUGAGAAGCGUCGAAAAUGAAAGAGAUACCUUGGAAUUUGAGAAGCGGAAUCUUCAGCGAGAAUAUAUAAGCUUAAGUGAUAAAAUCUCUGGUAAGCAUAAUGGCACAGCAAAAUCAGUUUACAUUUCAAAAAGAGAGAAAUUUCAUUUUGACAACUACAACACUUAUGAAGAUACUUCUAGUCUUAGGAAUAGGCCUUUAGAUCCUGAUAUGAAAGGAAUUCCAAGUAAACUCUAUCCACUGCUUCCAUCCAAGAUAUGUAAAUAAACUUCUAAAA